GUAGCAUUACAAAAGGUGUAGGAGAAAUGGGGUUGGUUUGGUUCCUGGCUUCUUUUCUUCUGCUUACAACAUCUUCAUUUGCAAGGCAUCAAGGCAAAUCAUUUGCUAGGCAUCAAGAAGCAGAGCAAGGAUUCAACCAUUCAACUUUGCACGUGCCCUUGUAUCAUGUGCACAGACAUGACUCACAAAUCAAAACACCCCUUUGGAUCAGACUUCAUCAGCACACUCUUUAAAACUGUUCCUCUGAAUAAGGGCAAUUACUAUGUCAACAUUGGCCUUGGCACUCCACCCAAAUUCUAUCCGGUGAUCAUCGACACUGACAGCUCCUUCUCCUGGGUGCAAUGCCAGCCUUGCUGGCACUGCAACGGAUCUGACCUUCCCAAUUUCGAUCCCUCUACAUCCAGCACCUACAAAAAGUUACCCUGCUCAACAACCGAGUGCAAUUUACUCGGGGAAGCCAUUCCAGAUGGCCGUGAUUGCACUUGUCCUAGCGAGUGCAAGUACAAUGCUGGCUAUGUGGAUGAAUCUUUCUCCGUUGGCUACUUGAGUCGGGAUUCACUGACCCUAACACAAUCAGAAACAUUGCCUGGUUUUGUGUACGGGUGUGGGCAGGACAAUGAAAACCGGAUGGACUUCUUCGGUGAGUCUGCUGGCCUGGUUGGCAUGGCUCGUAACAAGCUCUCCAUGAUCUCUCAGCUGUCAGCCAAAUAUGGACAGGACUUCUCCUACUGCCUCCCAACAGCACGGAGAGGCAGUGUAGGCUCAUUGUCCAUAGGAAAGGAUUCAUUGAUGGGAACAUCCUACAAGUUCACUCCAUUGCUUACUAAUUCCAAAGAUAGCAGCUUUUAUGGUUUGAAUUUGACCGCGAUUGUAGUGGCAGGCAGGACACUGGGAGUGGAUUACAAUAAGGAUCCAGCAAUUAUAGAUUCUGGGACGGUGGUCACGAGCUUGCCUACUUCAGUGUAUGCAAUUCUCCGUGAGGAGUUCAGGAGCAUCAUGUCGUCAAAGAACAAGACUAUCCUAACUACCUCGCCUUCUGAUUUUCUAGAUACAUGUUAUAAAGGUAGUUUGAAGGAGAUGUCAUCAGAUGUGCCUGAGUUUCGGAUGGUGUUUCAAGGAGAGGCUGAACUCACUCUUGCGCCUCAAAACGUUCUUGUAGAAGGGAAUGAGGAGGGCACAUUGUGCUUGGCCUUCGCAGAUUACUCGGACAAUGGUGGCACGACCAUUAUUGGGAACAUUCAACUGCAGACAUAUAUCGUGGCUUAUGAUGUCUCCAAUUCAAGGAUUGGGUUUGCUGCUGGGGGCUGCAGCUAAAAUGAUUGUACCUUCAUCUCAUGCAUCAAACGUUAUGGCAUCUCAUGAAUAAAGGAGUCCUGAGGAUGCUCUGCAACAACCCUUUCUGUCUGAUAGAUGAAGAUCCCUUGACUGCUGAAUUGUUCUUAUUUGUGAUCGUAAAUCCCAAGUUUGUGUAUGAAAAGUAGAUCAUAUAUAUGUCGUUAUUGUGUAAGAAAGAAAUUGUUAGAAUGGA